AUGGUCCAAUUGCUUUACGACGUACCACUAUUCCAGGGUAUUAUUUCUGACUUGUUUCCUGGUACUAACUGGCCUAAUCCUGAUUAUGGUGUGCUAUUGGAAGCACUGAGAGAAAACUGCAAGCUACGUAAUUUACAGGCCACUGAUUGGUUCAUUAAGAAGAUCAUCCAGGUGUAUGAGAUGAUGAUAGUACGUCAUGGUUUUAUGAUCGUUGGUGAUCCUAUGGGUGGUAAAACAAUGGCUUACAAGGUUUUGGCCGACUCGCUGACAGACCUUCAGAAGGCUGGAUAUCCCCAUCAAAAGCAAAAUGUUUUCCCCGAUCGAGGUACAGUGUACGACUACUACUUUGUCAAACAAGCGAAUGGAUCAUGGAAUAACUGGCUAGAGUUAUCCAACAAGAAAGCUGUUAUACCCAAAGACGCCAAGGUUAGCGAGAUAACCAUCGAAACAGAUGAUACAGCGCGUCAAAUAUUCUUCUUAAACACGUUUGUACCACACGAAGUCCCGUUGCUGUUUGUUGGUCCAACAGGGACUGGUAAAUCCGCCAUUACCAACAACUUCCUGGUCAACUUACCAAAGGAGAAAUAUCUACCCAUCAAUAUUAACUUUUCUGCUCGAACUUCUGCUGGAAUGACYCAAGACAUCAUCAUGGGRAAACUAGACAGGCGACGUAAGGGCGUGUAUGGUCCUCCACCGGGAAAGAAGUGCGUGGUAUUCGUAGAUGACCUCAACAUGCCUGCUAAAGAGAAAUACGGUGCACAACCGCCUAUUGAGCUACUAAGACAGUGGAUCGAUCACAAGCAUUGGUACGACCUCAAAGACACUUCUAAAUUAGAGCUGUUAGAUCUGUUGUUUGUAUCAGCAAUGGGUCCUCCAGGAGGUGGUCGGAAUGAUAUCUGUGGUCGUUUUGUGCGACACACUAACAUCAUCUGCAUCGACUCGUUUGAUGAUAACACCAUGACAAAAAUCUUCACCUCCAUCGUCGAUUGGCAUUUUGCUAAAGGAUUUGAAGCCACUUUUCAGAGAUUGGGAAAGAUUGUCGUUUUAGCAACCAUGCAAGUUUACAAAUCAGCCGUCGAAAAAUUUCUCCCCACUCCUAGUAAAUCCCACUACGUCUUCAACUUGCGUGACUUCGCUAGAGUGAUAGGAGGCGUGCUAUUGGUUCCUUCAACUCACAUGACUGAGGGCGACAAGCUGAUUCGCUUAUGGAUUCACGAAGUCUACCGRGUGUUCUACGACCGACUGAUUGACGACACCGAUCGUGAGAUGUUCUUUGGUUUGAUCAAAGAAACCACGAAGCAGCAAUUUAAACUGGAGAUGGAUCGUCUUGUUGGUCAUCUUGUUCCUACAGGACAAAAACUCAAGGAUGAUCACAUUAGAAACUUGUUUUUUGGUGAUUACAUGGUGCCUGACAGUGCAGACAAGAUCUACGAUGAAGUAUCAGACUUUAAAGAACUUACUGCGCAAAUUGAAUCGUAUGUCUAG